AGGACGCAGGCAGGAAUGCUCUGAGGCAGGCGGGGCUCCACGUUGGACAUAAAAGCCUCUGCUUGCUCUCUGCUCCUGUUUUCAAGCUGCAAACAGCCGACUUCUGCCUGUCAGAGCGAAAACAAAUCUUUUGGGCGUCAUGGAUGACGACUUUGACCGCCGCAUGGAACUGAGGAGACAGAGGAGGGAGCAGAUGCGCCUUGACGCUGAGAAGAUGGGCUACACAAAUGACGAUGAUGAAGAGGCGGCUCGGGAGCAAAGGAGACGUGCGAGGGAGGAGAGGAAGAAGAUAAGGGAACUGGAAGAGUCCGGAAGCGGCGAUGUGAUCACCGUUAACAACGUGACGGAGAGCGAGACCUCCAGCAUCAGCAUCAGCAUCAGCAUCGCAGCCGCCGCCGACGACCAAGCCCUGCUGGAGCGCUUGGCCAAGAGGGAGGAGCGCCGGCAGAAGAGGAUGCAGGAGGCCAUUGAAAGACAGAAAGAGUUGGACUCCAGUUUAGGCACCACCAACGGCAUCGACGGCUCGCUGGAAAGCCGCUCCUCCGUCGGCGGAGGCGGGCAGGGACACACAAAAGAGGGAAAGGAGGAGAACCCUGUCCAAGAGGACGUGGUGCAGACCAACUCUUGGAGGAAGGAGGACGAGAGCGAGGACACUCCCACAGCAUCACCCAUAGAUGAGGAAGAGGAGGCUGCUGCCAAGGAUGAAGACGAAAGGAAACGGAAAGAAGAAGAAGAAGAAGAGCGGCGGCAGAAAAAGAUGGAAGAAAAGCAGAGGAUGGAGGAGGAUGAGGAGAGACACAGACGACAAAUGGAAGAAAAGCUAGAGGGGGAGGAAGAGGAGGAGGAUAUGAGGAAGAGAGAAGAGGAGGAACAACAAAGGCAAAGGCUGAGGAAGGAUGAGGAAGAAAGGCAGGAAAGGGAAAUGGAGGAGAGGAGGAGAAUAAAAGAACAGAAGCGAGAGCUGGAGGAGCAACGGAAGAGAGAGGAGGAGCAAAAACUAAAGGAGAUGGAGGAGAAAAAGAGGAGAGAGGAGGAGGAGCAAAAAGUAAAGAAGGAGAUGGAGGAGAAGAAGAGGAGAGAGGAGGAGGAGCAAAAAGUAAAGAAGGAGAUGGAGGAGAAGAAGAGGAGAGAGGAGGAGGAAAGGCGUCGGAAGGAAAUCGAGAAGAAAAAGAAGGAGGAAGAGGAAGCAGAAAAGCAGAAGAAGACAGAGCUGGAGGAGAGGAAGAAGAAGGAAGAGGAGGAGAAAUGGAAAAGGGAAGCUGAGGAGAAGAGGAAGAAAGAGGAGGAAGAGAAAGGCAAGAAGAAGCGAGAGACGGAGAAGAAGAAGAAGAAAGAUGAGGACGACAAGCUGAAAAGAUCUGCCCUUCAAAAAAAGAAUGAAGCAGGCGAGGUUAACAGAGGUCUCAUAAAGAAAGCAGACAAGCUACCAAGCAGGGACGGCGCUCCCUUCGCUGGGUCGGACGAGUCGGAGCACCUGGAAGCCGAGCGCAAGCUGCAGGAGCUCAAGCGGCGGCGAAAUGACGCCGAGAGCGAAGAGAUGGAGAAGAUGAAGCAGAAGCAGCAGGACGCUGAGGCCGAGCUGGAAGAGCUGAAGAGGAAGCGGGAGGAAAGGAGGAAGGUCCUGCAGGAGGAGGAGCGGCAGAGGAAGAAAGAGCUGGAGGACAAGAAAGCUCAAGAACAGGAAGAGAGGAAGAGGAUGAGGGAGGAGAUUGAGAAGAGGAGGGCCGAGGCUGCCGAGAAGAAGAAGCAGCUGGAGCAAGAAGCCGUCAAGCCCUCCUUCACCAUCAGCCCCAAAGGGUCUUCUAAGAUUGGGGAGAAGGCGGAAUUCCUCAGCAAAUGGGCUCAGAAAAGCGUGAGAGCGUCACACUCCCCGCCCGUCUCCAAAAUGGGCAGCAGACUCGAGCAAUACGCAUCCGCCAUCCAGGGCAACAAGGAGGUGAAAUCCCCCAAGCCUGUCACGGCCGACGUCCCCCCAGGGGGCGCACGAAGCAUCAAGAACAUGUGGGAGAGCGCCAACGUCUCGGACACGUGUGCCAAUAAGGAUGUUCUUUCUCGUAAAGCUCGCAUCAACAGUCGGACGGCAAAGGCCGCACAGGUGGAGACGCCCCCAGCCGCAGCAUCAGCGCCACAACCAGCCGCACCGGUGGCAGAGGCGACAACAAAGCCUGCAGAUGUUGGUAACAAGCGCAGCAUGUGGGAAACCAAGAACAGCUCCACGUCAGCCAAGGCGUCGGUCGGAUGGAAGAGCAAGUUUGGCAACUAAAACCUCGUCUGCCGACACCGCAGCUGCACACCCCCGCCUCCUUCAAGCGUGACGCCUGCGUGGUCAUGUGACCAGGACGAGCACCUUUGAAGAGCUGGAACCUGCAUUGAGCGGGAUUGGUUUUGCAUCCAAUAAAAACCCGAGUGAGAGUGCGUCUUGAAUGCUGAAGCUUCAUCAGAAUCUUUGACAGUUUCAUCUUCCUUUUUGUGCUUUAUGGCCGCUUAAACCCACCGCUUGGCGAGAUGUUUGGCAUCAGUGAGCUAAAUGAAUCUGAUUGUUGUUAUUCUUGUCAUUUUGCAACCCAAAAGAGUGAAAGCUGUCUUGUUUGUGUGAAAUGUGAGGGAUUUUCUACAGCAAGAUGCGAUGCAGCCAUGAUGAAACCGGUAUCGUACGUACCUGACACGCCCAAGACCAAAGGGAGUGAAACGUGUGUACAUGCAUUGUUUAGCUGGGAUCAUGUUGACACUUUUAGCCUGCGUGUUCUUCUUAUUAUCAUGAGGAGCCAUGUCCACAUGAACACUGCUAUUAAAAUCAUUCUUUUUCCACGCA